UUCGACACGAAAGACAAACCGCCUCUUUAUGCCGGUGUAGCCGUGGUAGCCCUUAUGAUCCUCACCGGUUUAGCGUUCGCCGGCAUGGCCGUCGUGCUAGCCGUCAUGAUGCCGAUUUUUGUGGUUCUUAGUCCGAUUCUCGUGCCGGCAGUUAUAACUUCAAGUGUUUUGGCUACGUGUUUCAUAGCUUCUGGUAGCCUCGGAGCAUCGGGGAUCGCCCUCCUUGUCUGGCUCUACAAGAAAGAAGAGCAUUCCACAAGUACUUUGCAUGCGCGAGGCGUUAGGCCUGAGGGUCUUAACAAGCUGGCAGGAGGAGAUAAAGCGUCGGAUGGAGAUAAGCCAUUGAUGGAAGAUAAACCGCCGGAAAAAGAUAAGCCGGAGGAGGAAGACAAGCCGCCACAGAAUGAUAAUUCGACCGGAGGAGAAAAGCCGGCAGGAAAAGAUAAGCCGCUAGGAGGAGUUAAGCAUGCGUCGAUCCCUGAGAUAUCAAAGGUUAUGUUGGUGGAGCAAGAACCAAUUGUCCCCAAGUGUUGUGGUACACGUACUUCUACUAAAAGGUCUCAUCAAUUUCGAUUCGCCAUGGAUACUACUAAAGCACGAUCUGUUUUUAUGAAAGAGUACCAAAAAGUUCCUCGUGUAGGAGCUUUUGCGUAUAAAUACUUUACCUCUCGUGACAAAAAAUACGUAAACCAUAUUCAUAUAUGACAUUCAGGACUUGGAAGGUUAUUUAAAGGGCAACAACGAUAUACUCCCAAAAUAAAGAGUUCAAACGUCAAUUUAUCAUUUAGAAGGUAUGGUAUCCCCAAAAUAAAAUGUUUUUUUUUUCACCAAUUAAAUAUGCUAGUAAUGUGUUUUGCUAGUAGAUUUUGUUAGGUUAUGUAUCACCACUGACCGCAAUAAACAAAUAGUUAUAGGUUUUGAACAAAAACAAUUUCCGUAAAUAAGGAGGUCUUUGUAUUCCUAUAUUGAUCCAAUUUUAUAAAAUCCAAUUGUACCGCGCGCGUACAUGAAUUUA